AUGUGACGUCGAUAACUAAAUAAAUAAAUAAGAAAAAUGUUCGAAGAACCCUAAGCUGAGAGAGCAGAGAACUUGAAGUGCGGAAGCCGGAUUCGACCACCACCACUACUACCGGAGCCGAAGUCUUCCUGGGAUCCUUGCCUCCUCGCAAAUGGCGGCUGCUGCCUCGGCUUCGUUGCCUACUUCGCCCGCCGCGGUCACGGAGAGGAGGGGUAUCCCGGGAGCAUCAUUCGUGGAGGACGUCGAGACCUAUCUCAAACAAUCCGGCCUCGAUGCCAACUCCUCCCUCGCCUUCCUUCAAGAGAGGCUUCAGCAGUAUAAGAUUGUGGAAAUGAAACUUCUGGCACAGCAAAGGGAUCUCCAGGCAAAAAUUCCUGAUAUCGAGAAGUGCCUAGAUGUUGUUGCCACAUUAGAAGCCAAGAAAGGCACUGGUGAGGCACUCAUUGCUGAUUUUGAAGUGUCUGAAGGCAUUUAUUCACGGGCAAAAAUCGAGGAUAGUGAUUCGGUGUGCCUUUGGUUGGGAGCAAAUGUCAUGCUCGAGUAUUCCUUGAAAGAGGCAAAGGCCCUCCUAGAAAAGAACUUAGAAAAUGCUAAAGCCAGUUUGGAAGUCCUUGUUGCUGAUCUGCAGUUCUUGAGGGAUCAAGUUACCAUAACUCAGGUCACCGUUGCCCGGGUGUACAACUGGGAUGUUCACCAGCGAAGAAUCAAACAAGUUACAAAAGAAGAGUGAUCCUUUUUGCAAUAGCUUUCAGUCGCUAAACUGGAGCUCUCUCGGUUUGAUGUGUUUGCUUAGUUGCUGUUUCCUACGUUACAGUGCUACUCUCCUAGAAUGGGAUGUUGUUUUUAUGAAGUUAUUGUGCUAAAAAGAAUUAAUUAUUUAUGUCGAUCCUAGACGUAACAUAUUUCCACAGUACAUUUUUGAGCA